ACGCCCGAGGCGCUGGCGGCUUGCGCCUUUGAGGUUUGCAGACCCGAGAGGGCUGGGGUUGCGGGACUGGCCCAUGCGGUCCUGGGCGGCCCAGAGAUGGCACCAAGAGGCUCCUCCUCUUUCCUCCCCGACGCUGGGGCAGUGGCGACAACCUGGUCCUCUUCUCCCAGGAAUCUCCUCGAAGGGCCGGGCCUGGACCUCGCUUCGGGUCCCGUAAACUCUACCCCCAACUUCUGGCUUGAACUCACCACUCCGAGAUCAAGUGAUAUGCUCUCCAGACUGAGCCAGCCAGGCACCCUGGAGGAAGUUCGGAAGUCACAAGAAAAACAAUGUUGGGGAAAAAUCCAUGUGGAAGUGUCUGUGCCUUCUCUAGAGGCAGUAUGGUGUGCUGCACAGAGGGAAAGGGGAAGGGAGCAGGCUGUUGAUCUGCCGGAGGCGGUGACGAUGCUGUCGGGCACCCAGGCAGCGCCAGCGGAAUUGGAGGACGCGGAGCUGCGGUGCCGCGUGGCUGUGGAGGAGUUGAGCCCGGGCGGGCAGCCGCGAAAGCGCCAGGCCUUACGCACGGCGGCGCUGAGCCUGGGGCGGAAUGAGCGCCGCGAGUUGCUGCUGCGGCUGCAGGCGGCUGGACCCGCGGGCCGGCCGCGCUGCUUCCCUCUGCGGGCCGCGCGCCUCUUCACGCGCUUCGCGGCGGCCGGACGCAGCACGCUGCGGCUCCCCACCGACGGCGUUCCCGGGGCGGGCGCUGUGCAGCUGCUGCUCUCCGACUGCCCCCCCGACCGCCUGCGACGCUUCCUGCGCACGCUGCGCCUCAAGCUGGCCGCGGCCCCCGGGCCGGGGCCGGCCUCCGCCCGCGCGCAGCUGCUUGGCCCGCGGCCCCGCGACUUUGUCACCAUCAGCCCCGUGCAGCCCGAGGAGCUGCGGCGCGCGGUGGCCACCCGGGUCCCGCGCGCCACGCCCGUGAAGCGGCCGGUGGAACCCCGGGCGGGAGCCGAGCCCAGCACUGAAGCCCCAAGGUGGGCCUUGCCUGUGAAGAGGCUGAGCUUGCCCCCCACCAAACCACAGCUUUCUAAGGAACAGGCUGCGGUGCUGAGGGUUGUCCUGAAAGGCCAGAGCAUCUUCUUCACUGGGAGUGCAGGGACAGGGAAGUCUUAUCUGCUGAAGCGGAUCCUGGGCUCACUGCCUCCCACAGGUACUGUGGCUACUGCCAGCACUGGGGUGGCAGCUUGCCACAUCGGGGGGACCACCCUCCAUGCCUUUGCAGUGUCACUCACAGGCAUCGGCUCAGGCCGGGCUCCCCUGGCGCAGUGUGUGGCCCUGGCCCAGCGGCCAGCCGUGCGGCAGGGCUGGCUGAACUGCCAGCGGCUAGUCAUCGAUGAGAUCUCCAUGGUGGAGGCGGACCUGUUUGACAAGCUGGAAGCGGUGGCCAGAGCUGUCCGGCAGCAGGACAAGCCAUUUGGAGGGAUCCAGCUUAUCAUCUGUGGGGACUUCCUGCAGCUGCCGCCUGUAACCAAGGGCUCCCAGCCCCCGAAGUUCUGCUUUCAGGCCAAGACCUGGAGAAGGUGUGUCCCAGUGACCCUGGAGCUGACCGAGGUGUGGAGGCAGGCCGACCAGAUCUUCAUCUCUCUGCUGCAGGCUGUCAGGCUGGGAAGGUGCUCAGAAGAAGUGACCCGCCAGCUCCAGGCCACAGCUUCCCACAAGGUGGAGCGAGAUGGGAUUGUGGCCACAAGGCUCUGCACUCAUCAGGAUGACGUGGCCCUCACCAACAGGAGGCGACUGCAGGAACUGCCAGGUGAGGUACACAGCUUUAAGGCCAUGGACAGUGACCCUGAGCAAGCCCGGAUCCUGGAUGCCCAGUGUCCCGUUAGCCAGAUCCUUCAACUCAAGCUGGGGGCCCAGGUGAUGUUGGUGAAGAACUUAGCAGUGUCCCGGGGCCUAGUGAAUGGCGCCCGGGGGGUGGUCGUUGGGUUCGAGACAGAGGGGAGAGGGCUGCCCCAGGUACGGUUCCUCUGUGGAGUCACCGAGGUCAUCCGUGCUGACCGCUGGACAGUGCAGGCCACUGGGGGCCAGCUCCUCAGCCGGCAGCAGCUGCCCCUCCAGCUGGCCUGGGCAAUAUCCAUCCACAAGAGCCAGGGCAUGACCCUGGAUUGCGUGGAGAUCUCUCUGGGCCGUGUGUUUGCCAGUGGCCAGGCCUAUGUGGCCCUGUCCCGGGCCCGCAGCCUGCAGGGCCUGCGUGUGCUGGACUUUGAUCCCAUUGUGGUUCGCUGUGACCCCCGUGUGCUGAGCUUCUACGCCGCCCUGCGGAGGGAUAGGGGCCUCAGCCUGAAGUCUCCAAAUGAUGAUGAGGCAGCCUCAGACCAGGAGAAUGAGGACCCAAACCUUUGAGCCUCAAAGAGAAGACAAACGGUGGUCUCCCCUUCCUCUUGCCUAGUGGGCCAAGGCCCCUGGAGACAACUGGGGGAGGAUAAGCUAGUGUCUCUUUCUGCAUUCUUUAGGGCUCUCAGCCUCCUGGCAGGGUACAAGGGAGAGCACUUCCUACCUGUUUGCCAGCUGUGCCUCAGUUUCUCCCCUUGCCCUGGGUGAGCUGCUUCCAGGGACAGGAGUAACCCUUGCUGGGCCAGUUGGGAAAGGGCCUAUGGUGGCACCUGGUGUUCUGGAACAAAGCUAUCUGUGAGGGCUGGCCCAGGGCCACACGGUUGUGAAUGCUGCUCUCUUUGGGCUGCAGAGGGGAGAGGCAGUGAAGACAGGUACUCCAGGAGCAGGAACAGGCUAUAGGAGCCCUGGACUGGGAGACUCAGGCCAAGUACAGGCCCCAAACAGAGAAGGGAACCUGGGGUUCUUGUCAGAGCUAGGCCCAGGCUAGCACAGGCCAGGACAAACCCCCUCCUGAGCCUAACCUGACAACACACAAUGCAAACCAUGUGCCUGUAUCUUAAGCUCCUUUUUUGGAGAAGAAAUAGUAUUUAGGGGUAUUGAGAUGGAUGUUCUCAGAAAUAUAUUUAUUUAGGACAAAUAAACUUGUGAAUUGUAUGAGGACUGUGAGUUGAGUUUUCUCUCUUUAAGAAGGCAUCCCUGCCUGGGGUAUGGGCUACAUCUGUGGCCAGGGCCCUCUCCCCCAUGGAUGCACACAGAGGUGCU